AUGACAGAGCUUUUGGAAUCUAUUCUGCAGACCGUAGGGUUGGAGGAACUAUUGGUUACGUUCAAAGUAUCAGAGACCCCAGAUGUGCGACAGAUUUCUGAAAGUAGCCAGCACAGUCAGGAGGACAAUGUCAUUCAAUAUUUAAUGGUAGAUCACCCUUCUAGCACUCAAACUAGUUUUGCAGAAGCUAAAUAUAUAGCAGAUUCAGAGCAAGUUCAAACAAAUUCAUCAUGGAACCCUGCUGAUCCUCUAUUUAAAAUUAUAAUUUCAUCGGAUGCGGAUAAGGGAACCACAAAAGGAAGGCGAAUGUUAGCCGACUGUGCCGAGAAAAAUGUGGUCAAUUUCGCCUUGAAAAAUCUGAUUAAACGCCGGACAGUAAAUAACCUGAUUAAAGAAUAUUCAUACUACCCUCCCAAGUACAUUAAAGAAAAUCUGGCUCAGUAUCCAACGGUUGACGAACAGGAAAAGAAAUCUUGGCUGAUUAAUUCUGCUGCCCCUAUAACUCAAGUAGUUCAGUUUAUGACCGACACCUACCGUUUGAGGACAAGCCAGUUCAAGGCUACUAAAAAUUUAGCCGAAUUGCUGAACCAGUGGCCAAGACUCCUUGACACUCCAGGAAUGGUUGAGCACGACUUCAAAGUCGUUUAUCCCGACAAAUGCGACCAGGUGCUCCUCAAGUGGCCGGCUGUGGCAACCCAAAUUUGUAAUUACGGGGAGAAAAUCAAGGUGAAUCUUGAUGAAAUUGGAAUAAAAAAGCUCUUAUCGAGCUGGUCUAAUGACGACAAAUCAAUUGGGGCACUUGUAAUGCUUCCAUUUCUGACUGCUAGCUCUGCAUAUUCAAAAAGAAACAAAAGGAGGCGGAAAAUUACCUCGGUUGAAUCAGCGGAAUUUUCUAUGCAGUUUGUUAUCCAUAAUAUUGAGGAUUUAAGGAUCUCAGAGUCAAAGAGAAAUCAACCAUUUAUAAUUUGUGUCGGGGAUUUGGCGUCACGCACAAUUCAUGACUCAUGUCAUCGUGGAAAGGAAACUCAUCAAGGCUACCUCACUAGUAAAUGCCGUUGACAUAUGCUUCAAAAUGUUUUAUGUUCUUCAACUUCAAUUCCCUGACGAGUGUUAUCCUGUGUGGUGUUUCUUCGACCAUUCGAUUUAUCGAACUAGGGAAAUCCGUUCACCCCCCUCGGCUGUGCUGUCACUUGGAUCUCAAAUAACUUUAGAUUAAACGAAGGUAGAUCGUACAAAGGUAGAUCGUCCAUUUUUGUAGGUUGUGCAAUAUUUGCAAGUAUUAAUUGUAUCGAUUGUUUUUUGUA